CCCUGUAAAAUUGGCAAUUUUAAAUGUUGGGAAGUAGUUAACAUAAAGUAUGUUGAAGGCACAGAAAGGGGUCUAUGCACUGAGACCCAGCACCUCAUUGGUAAACUCUGGCCUGCACAGAGUGAUGAAGAGCAGAGUAACAAGUCUCAUUACACACCAGCUAAGGUUGGAUAACAAAAAUGUUUAGUGCAGCCAGUCAGUUUGGUCCCAAAGAGCAGUAUGGGACUGGAGGAAAGGAAGGAGAUCACCCUAACCAACCUGGAGGUUUUGUUCUGUGGGUCUGGCAGGCAGUCAAGAGAUGGGAAAGAAAUCUGUGUAUGAAAAGAAGGACAUUCAUGAACCUGCUGUUGGCAAGCUGACAUAGCCUGGACAUGCACUCUUUUCUCUUCCAAGGACAAGUUUAUAGAAAGAACAAAUAAUAGAUAAACUAACAGAGAUGCCAGAAUGGGACAAGGGAGGCCCCUAGGGUACAAAAUUUAAGGAGGCACUCGCUCAGGGUCAUGAAGGUUCAUGGAUGAGGCUUGCGCAAACCUAGGCGUGAGUGUCUCCUGACAUCGUGUGCUCUGGGGGCAUCAAUUGCCUCACCUUCGUGCUGGUUCACGAGUUUACACUACAUCAGAAACAACUGUUUAUUCUUUUCCCAGAUGAUACGGCUAUGUUUUGGGAAUAGCAAAUCUUAGUGAAAAAUAGUAAUGAGAAAGCAGUAAAAAAAAAAUAAUCUGGACACUAAUGGCCCAUUUUGUGAUGACAAAUUGGCAACCAUUUGCUCCAAUGAAUCAAUUUUUAUUUGCAUUUAUACAUUUUCGAUUACACUUCGAUUACACUUCCAAACUCUGUGAUAGGAUUUCACUUUCUUGGUUUAUAUAUUUAUUCAUUCAAAGGUAUUUAUUGAGUUCCUACCUCAUGUGUCAUUGUGCUAGGCAAUUGAUUAUAUAUUGGUGAAUAAAACAGAAAAGGUGACUGCCCUUUUGGAGUUGAUAAGUGAGACAGAAAGAGACACUUAAUAUGUACAUAAGAAAAUUAAUAAGUACUUUUCACUGUGGCAAGGACAAUAACAGAAACAAACACGAUGCAGGAAUGUCGACUAUUACUGGUUCAUGUUCGAGAACACAGUCAAGGAUCACCUCCAAGACCUUUGGCGAUGCAGCGUGGUUGAGGAGGAUUCCUGCCAGAAGUCCUAAGACAUUUGAGAAAAUAAAUUAUAUAACACCCUUUCUUUAAAUAUUAAAACUAAAAUUGAAAUAAUUCAUGCAUGCUUUAAAUAAUAGGAAGACAUUUUGUCAAGUAUGUAUUAUAAAAACAAAGCACAUUUGGUCAUACCACAGAGAUACUACUAAUAAAGUUCUUUCUUUCUUUCUUUCUUUCUUUCUAGUUUUGUCUCAUGCCACACUUUAGUAAAAUUCAUAUUACUCCUUGACUACUCUCUCGCUGCUCUUGGCUUUCUUCUUUCUCUUCCUUCUCCUACUCUUUUUAAAAAUUCAUGCAUAUUUAGGAUUGAUCUAAUUUUAAUUUCUUCUGACUUAAGGCUACUCUUGGAGGGGAGCCUGGGUGGCUCAGUUGUUGAGUUUCAGCUCAGGUCUUGAUCUUUUGAGUCCUGGGAUCCUGCCCUGAGUUGGACUCUGUGCUCAGCAGGGGGUCUGCUUGAAGAUUCUCUGCCGCUGGGGCGCCUGGGUGGCUCAGUGGGUUAGGCCGCUGCCUUCGGCUCGGGUCAUGAUCUCAGGGUCCUGGGAUUGAGUCCCGAGUCGGGCUCUCUGCUCAGCGGGGAGCCUGCUUCCUCCGCUCUCUCUCUGCCUGCCUCUCUGCCUGCUUGUGAUCUCUCUCUGUCAAAUAAAUAAAUAAAAUCUUAAAAAGAUAAAGAAAUAAAAAAGAUUCUCUGCCUCUGCCCAACCACACCCCCCCACACAUUCUCUUUCAAAUAAGAAUUCUUUAAAAGGAGAUGAAAGUAAGAAAAACCUGAAAAAAAUAAACAAAAGCCUACAAAAUAAAAAUACAAAGAAUGCUACCUAGUGAUUUCCCUGAGCUCUGCAGCUUUGCAGCCCUCUCUGAUCAGUGAACUUGAGAGGGGUGAGCUGUUCGUGAUGGCCUUCUAGGGGAGGGGCUCUUGCCCUGAUCCUCAGGGGGACUUCCCCUGGUGCAACUGCAGCUGGCCCAAGCAGCAGAGACGGGCCCUGGGUUCCAGCAAGUGCCGCUGUUUUACUCCCUGAAGGCUUGCAGCACCAAUGGCUGAGGUGACUGUCACCGCACCCUGCUCCCUACCGUGGAGCUGAAAAUUCACACCCAGCUCUUCAGUGAGCCCGCACAGAAAAAAACGUUCCACCGGUCUUAUCUCCUCGGAUUCUGUCAGAACUCUGCGUUCACCCUGCCAGGGACGAGGCAUUUUUAUCGUAGGCGCGUGACUGAGUUCCAAUUCCAAUUGUUUUGUUUUGUUUUAUUUUUAAAGAUUUUAUUUAUUUGAGUGAGGGAGUGCAUGAGAGCGGAGAAGGUCAGAUGGAGAAGCAGACUCCCCAUGGAGCUGAAGCCCUAUGUGGGAUUCGAUCCCAGGAAUCCGGGAUCAUGACCUGAGCUGAAGGCAGUUGCUUAACCAGCAGAGCCACCCAGGAGGUGGGAACCACCCACUCCAGGUUCUAUGGAUUCCAGUGACACAGACCAACACCAGACCUGCGAGGUGUCAGAGGUCUCACCAAGCUCCUGCUUCUUCUGGACCUCUCCCAGGAAAGUGAUCACCCAACUAUGCUGUGAUUCGGAGUACAGGGCUUUACAGAGUAGAAAGCCAGGACAUAGCUUCAUGGUUUUCAGCCAUUUUCCCUAACUGAUGUCUGGGAACUCUGAAGCAUUCGGGCCCCACCUGGUCUUCUGGGGACCACCGGGAUCCUGAGAUCAUGCUGUCACCCCUGGGAUAUCACCCCACUUCACCCCUUGAACACUUUUAAGCCAGGAUUGUCCCAGACAGGGGUAGACACCUAAGUGUUUCAAUCAUGCACCUGGCUGUCGAUGGAAACUUUGCAGUAGGCUCCUUCAGCUAUUAUCCAACCUAUGCCUGUGGACAUCUGAUAGAAAGACAUGCUGGAAUCAUCCGUAUUUUGCAGAGAAGGGACCAUCCCUGUCAGGCACAACGGCUUAUCUAAGGUCCAAACCAGAAGUUGGCUGAAACCACCCCCGCGAUGCCUCAGGAUGUUUCGAGGGAGACGCCAUAAGAACGCUCCAGAGGACAUGGUGCAGGAGCUGAAUGUCGACAUCCGCUGCUCUCCUUCCCCGAAGAACAAGAAGCCACACAGGGCCAACAGAGUCUGGCGCUGGCUCAGGGGGGAAAAUGGCUCAACGAGGAAGAGGAAUAAGACCUUGAUAGUAUGGAACACUCGUGCCAGUUCAUUGGGGGCCGGAAUAGAUUACCUGGUGACUGCCGUCCUAAAACAAGAUCUAAACUAUGUUCACACGUUUCUGGAAAUAUACCGCAGCUUUGCUACCACCCAGGAGGUGCUGGGCCUCCUCUUUGCAAGAUUCGGAUGUGUUUCUUCCAGCUAUGAUGAGGUCGGCGGACCCCAGGACCAGCGCAACAUGGCCGUCUAUGCCAUCCUGGAUAUGUGGGUGGAAAGCUACAUCACCGGCCCCAGAGCCAGAUCAGGAUGUGUCUCGGGAAGUUGUUCCAGCAGCCACUCUGGCACCCGCUGCACCUCUGGAGCCUGAGCUGGCCCCCGCCAUCCCUGCUGCGGCAGCUCACUAUGGAUUGGGAAGACCAGUGACCCCCCCUGACCCGUUGGGGCCAGGGCAGAUGGUCGUCAGGGCCCUCGUUCACUUCUCUGUCACGGAAGAGCCACCUGACCUUUUGACUUUCCUGGAUGACCAGCAGGGUCCUGCCCACGAGCUGCCGCCCCCUGCCUCCGUGGAGCAAGCAGGCUCCGCUCCUGAGCAGCACCUCGUGCUUGCUACAACCAGAAAGCAUGUCUUUCCCAUCGCCCUCGUUGCUUUAUUUGUAUUUCUUCUGUUUUGUGUAUAUGUAUAUAAUUACAUACUAGAUUUAAUUAAAUAAAGUAGAAUUUGAGUUUACAUAA